AUGUUGAGUACAAGAUACUUUAGAGCAACCAGGUGCGUUUAUCCAGCAAGAUGGAUUUACCCCAAGAUAACAACAAGUAUUAUCGCCAAACGUGCGGCCCACACAUCUGAAACUUUUGAGGAAUUUACUGCUCGUUAUGAGAAUGAAUUUGAUAACGCUGCCGACUUAUUUGAUGUCCAGCGUAUUUUGAACAAUUGUUUUAGCUACGAUUUGGUGCCAGCACCCGUGGUGAUUGAAAAAGCAUUGAGAGCAUGUAGAAGAGUCAAUGAUUACCCCACGGGUGUAAGAACAUUUGAGGCUUUGAAAUACAAGGUUGAAACUCCAGAGCAAUACCAAGCAUAUCUCGAUGAGCUCAGUGAUGUAAGAAAGGAAUUGGGUAUUGACUUGAAAGAAGAUCUUUAUGGCAACGAUGCUUAA